GAUUUCGUUCAAUAUGGACAUAACAAUGUGACUGUGCUCUUUGCAUCAAACACUAAAAAGUUCUUUGGCGUUCUUAUCACUGUGCUACAGCAAACAUGCAGCAAGUUUUAGAAAUGGCAUUGGAUCGUGCUGAGUAUAUCAUUGAAAGUGCUCGCCAGAGGCCUCCCAAACGGAAAUAUUUAUCCAGCGGAAGAAAAUCCGUAUUUCAGAAAUUGUAUGAACUGUACCUAGAAGAAUGUGACAAGGAGCCUGAAAUAAAGAAGCUGAGACGGAAUGUGAACUUGCUGGAGAAGCUAGUGAUGCAAGAGGCGUUGUCGUGCCUGGUGGUGAACCUGUAUCCAGGAAAUGAAGGUUACUCACUGAUGCUCCGGGGGAAGAAUGGCUCAGAUUCAGAAACCAUUCGGCUUUCCUACGAAGAGGGAGAAUUGCUUGAAUAUUUGGAUAAUGAGGAGCUUCCCCCUAUCUUAGUUGAUCUCCUGGAAAAAUCUCAGAUUAAUAUUUUCCAUUGCGGCUGCGUCAUAACAGAAAUACGUGACUAUCGUCAGUCUGGUAAUCUGAAAUCUGCAACGUAUCAAAGCAGGCAUGUCCUUCUGCGCCCAACAAUGCAGACCUUGAUUUGCGACGUGCAUUCCAUUACAAGUGACAACCAUAAAUGGACACAGGAAGAUAAACUCUUACUGGAAAGCCAACUUAUCCUGGCGACAGCGGAGCCCCUCUGCCUGGAUCCUUCCAUUGCUGUCACCUGCACGGCCAACAGACUCCUGUAUAACAAGCAGAAAAUGAACACUCGGCCCAUGAAACGAUGUUUCAGAAGAUAUUCUCGAUCGGCUCUGAAUAGGCAGCACGAGGUGUCCCAUUGCCCGACUCCACCCCAACUCAGUUUGCUUGACUAUUUGCAAAAGAGGAAGGAGAGGAAAGGAGCCCAGCAGUACGACCUCAAAGUUUCCAAAGCAGGAAACUGCGUAGAUAUGUGGAAGCAGAAUCCUUGCCACUUGGCUGUGCCGUCGGAAGUAGAUGUGGAAAAAUAUGCCAAAGUGGAAAAAUCUAUCAAGCCCGAUGACUCUCAGCCAAGCGUCUGGCCGGCACACGAGAUAAAGGACGAUUAUGUCUUUGAAUGUGAAGUUGGCAGUCAGCUUCAGAAGACAAAGCUGACCAUCUUUCAGUCCCUGGGAAAUCCCCUGUACUAUGGCAAAAUACAGAUGAUCAAAGGCGACGAAGAUAGCGACAGUCAAGCGGCUCCAUCCCAUUUUCUCAUCGGCUCCAAGUCAGAAGCAGAAAGGGUGGUCAGGCAGUACCAGGAGCUCGUUCAGAAUGAAGCUAAGUGUCCAGUGAAGAUGUUUCAUAAUUUUGGCGGAUCAGCCCAUCUCAAUCAGCUUUCUCCUGGGAAGGAAAUUGAACAGCCAGAAAGUAUAUCUCCUUAUAUUCAGUCUUCAGUGCUGGGCAAAGGUGUGAAACACCGACCACCUCCCAUCAAACUACCUUCAGCUACAGGAAGCAGCUCUUCAGGUAAUAUUUUUAGUCCACAGCAGUCAAGCGGUCACCUAAAAUCCCCAACUCCUCCUCCUCCUCCUUCCAAGCCUCCCGGCGUCUCUCGGAAAUCAUCUCAGGAGCUGAACCAGUUGAGCCUGCUCUCACCAGCAGUCCUGUCCCCCACCAGCUCUUCACAAAUGUCCGUUACUGCAGGAACCUCCUCCAACCAGGUCAUGCCAAACGCAGCAGGACUUAACUUCAUCAAUGUAGUCAACUCCAUCUGUGGAGCACAGACACUGAUGAGUGGCUCUAGCCCCAGCCCGGCAGGCAUAAACCUGAGCAGCGUUCUCCCGCCAGGAGGUCUGUUACCCAGUGCCCUGCCUGCCCCCAUGCCGCCCAGCUCUCAGCCAGGUGGCCCUUUUGGUUUAAAGAAUCCUUCAGGCCUUCGACCCUUGAAUCUCCUACAGGCUUCAGAGCAAGGCUGCACAAACCCAGACCAGGCCUUAUCUGCACAGCAAGCAGCCAUGAUGAACCUUCCUGGAGUAGGAAACUUUGGGCCACCUCAGUCAGCUGGCAUUGACUGCGCAUGCCUGAAGCGAGCAGGAGGCGCCACUCCCACUCAGUUUCUUUCAGCCGCUACUGACAGUCUACACAAGUAA